AUGUCAAAUCAUCUGGAUCAAAUAGUCAAAAAAUAUAUUCUCAAUCAAUCAUUUGUUGAAUCGUCUUUCUUUACCAAGUUAUCUGAACUAAAGUUAGAAAAGUACAAAUUGGAUUCGUCUUAUAUUGCCAUUCAUGGUUUCCAAACACACCCAACCAAAUUGAACAAAUUUAACGACACACCCGUGUUGAACUUAGACCAAUCUAGUUUUGAUGACACAUUGAACGAUCUGAGGAUAAACAUUCCUGGAGAGUUGUUUAAUGUCAAUACAAUUGAAGAAUUCAAGUCCCUAGAUAAAUUGAAACUUUUAAACACAUGGGGGCAAAAUGUUUACCUGGAAGUGACAAACGCUACUAGUUUUGACUACAAAUUAUUCAAUAAAUUUUAUAUCUUAACGUAUUCAGAUUUGAAGAAAUACAAAUUCUAUUAUUGGGUUGCGUACCCCACAUUGAGCAAUACUUGGACAGUUGAAAGUGAAUCCCAAGAAACUGAUACUACAAUAACUCAGCUUGUUGAGACAGAGUUGGAUAACGAAUAUGGUCAAUUUUUCCAAUACUAUGGAGGAAAACUUCACAAAUCUGUUCAAGCGGACAAAGAACAUACAUUUGUAUUCAUAGAUACGUGUUUAAGUAAAGAUAGAAAGCCUUCAAGUCAGCUCAAAAACUAUUUAUAUUUCAUUGCGUAUAAGGGAAUUAAAGAAAUAGAUCUUGUUACUUACCGCAAUAAUAACUUGUCAUUUACACAGCAUUUGAAAUUAGAUGCUUUUACCGAUUCCCCGAAAAUCAGUGGUUGGGAACGAACAAACCAAGGAAAGUUAGGGCCCAAACUUGCAGAUUUGGGAUCAUUGAUAAAUCCUUUACAAUUGGCAGAACAAGCUGUUGAAUUGAAUUUGAAACUAAUGAAAUGGAGAAUUGCCCCUGAUAUUGAUUUGGAGAUUAUUAAAAAACAAAAAGUGUUGCUUCUUGGAGCUGGUACUUUAGGAAGCUAUGUCGCAAGAGCAUUGUUGGGCUGGGGUGUCAGGAGCAUUACGUUUGUUGACAGUGGUAGAAUAUCGUUUUCCAACCCUGUGAGACAGCCACUAUUUAACUUUGAAGAUUGUUUUAGUGACAGUGGACAAGGGGAAUACAAAGCAUUGAGAGCUGCAGAGAAUUUGAAAAGAGUUUUCCCCGGUGUAGAUGCAAAAGGUAUUUGUUUAGCAGUCCCUAUGGUGGGUCACCCAGUUACUGAUGAACAUAAAGAAAGGGAAAAUUAUGAAACUUUAGUAAAACUUUUUGAGGAGCAUGAUGUUAUAUUCUUAUUGAUGGAUUCAAGAGAGUCAAGAUGGUUACCUACUUUAAUUGGUGCAGCCAAUGAAAAAAUAGUAAUUAAUGCUGCCUUGGGUUUUGAUAGUUAUCUUGUCAUGAGGCAUGGAGUGACGAACCAAAAGGAUAGAUUGGGGUGCUAUUAUUGUAACGAUGUGGUUGCUCCUAAUGACAGUUUAUCGGACAGAACGUUAGAUCAAAUGUGCACUGUAACAAGACCAGGAGGUGCAUUGAUGGCUUCAUCUUUAGCAGUUGAAUUGUUGGUGGCGAUUUUGCAACAUCCUGAAAGGAAUCUUGCACCACAUGAUGCUGAAACAAAAUUUGGGAAUAUACCGCAUCAAAUCAGAGGGUUCUUACACAAUUUCCAACAAACAAAGCUAUUUGCCCCUAGCUAUGUUCAUUGUUCAGCUUGUUCUCCACGAGUUAUUACUGAAUUUAAGCAAGAAGGAUGGGAAUUUGUUAGAAAAUGUCUCGAUGAUUCUCAAUAUUUAGAGGAUAUUUCUGGGUUGACCAAAGUUCAACAGGAAGCUGAGUUGGCUGCCAAACAAUUGCUCGAAGAUUUGUCGUUGGAUGAUGAUGUUAGCAAUGAUAUUGAUGAGGAUUCUGAGUGGUUAAGUUGA